UGUAAGUAACAAAAGUAGAUUUAGAUCUAGAUAAAGAUCUAACUCUACGACGUAUACUUUGAAGUCUUGACAACAAAAACAUACUGUUUUGUGUUUACUUAUAGUCUUAUUAUUUAUAGGUCUAGAUGGAUAACCAAUUCACACAUCUUCGGAUAGCUACAAUGUUUACAAUAGCAAUUUAUGGUGAAUUGAUUCAGUCCUUCAAAAUGGAUCUGCAGUCUUUAAAUGUGUUGCACCAAGAGCCACUUGGGGUGCAAAAUCUAUACCAACAAUCUCAGGGAAAACUACAGUCACAUAAAAAGUUGCAGCAUUCACAGCACAGUCUCUUGGAAGGUCAAACUUUUCAAAGGACACAUCAUUUGCAGAUAUCUUCAACUGAUCAAUCGAUAAUAUCGACUAAUUUUAAGCAAUUUUUAGAGGGAUAUACUGAGAUUACUGGUACUUAUGAUCAGACACAUGAAAUUCGAGCUCAACCUUAUGAAUCAAUGCAAUCAUUGGUAUUUCUGCUACUGCUCCUAAUUAAUUCAUUUCAAAAGAGAACUUACAGACUUAACGCUGAUGAAGCAGAUGCUAUUGUUGAAAAAGACAUAACCCAGGAAUUUUUAAAACUUUAUAUCAUCGAACCUUUCCGCAGCCAACAAAAUGAGCUGCGGUCAUUCGUGCCAGUGUCAGCUUAGCUGGCCUCAGGACACUUUGGGCUUUAAAAGAGACCCUAUAAACAGUGAAAAAGCCUGGCUUGAUUUCGCUGUUAGACUUUUGUCCCGAGAGGUGGUGGGAAAGGGCAAAGGUCAAGAAACUGUUUGGAAUGAUAAAUGCAAACCUGAUUGGUGGGAUGGGACUGUGGGCGUGGCUUGGAAGAACCCAACCUCAAAUCCUAAAGACACUAAAGAAAUUUUACAAAAGAAAUACUUGGCUCUUGAAAAACAUUUAGUUGCUCUGGCCAGAUUUCCUAAAGAACUUGAAGAAGAAGCAAAGCUGUGGAAUGCUGGGAAUGUUAAAGAGCUAUACUUGCAGACAACCUUGACUAGUCUGCUUGGAAAGGUCACCAGCUUGCACUGUGCUGUGGAGGAUACUUGCAAGAAGGUAAAAGAGAUGAAUGCUAGGGUGAAUAUCACAUUAUUCAAUGAUAUCACUAAAUGCCUCAAUGCAACUCUGAGAGCUACUGGAAAUUUAAAAUGCACAGUCCCAAUGGCAGCUAACAAGAGACGCUGUGCUCAAGAUGAAAAGGAAAACAGUACUACUGUCCCACAAAAAUCUAGAAGGAUUGACACAUUGCAGACUACAUCCUCUUGUCAAGAAAAUUUAAGCAGUCAGCAAGCACCAGUAAAGAAACCCUCUUCUGAGAUUUUGGCUGUGGCUCAGAAAAUGAUAGACAAAAGAAGAAAAGAAAAAGGUCACACUGUCAGAAAUGUCAAAACAAUAUUUCCAAAACCUUCCCCUUUACCUAGCAGAGUUAGUGUUCCUAAUGUUUCAUCACCUAGCAGAGUGAGUUUUCCUGUUGUCUCCCCUGUGACUAUUCCAGUCAUACAUAUUUCAGCAGAGCAGUUAAAUUAUGCCCUUACUAAUAAUACCACACCUAAUUUUACCUUUGGCAACCAGCCUCUUUUAUCUGUAGCCAGUGUUUUGAAUGGCCCUUCUGUAAAUCUCAUUUCAACAAGUGGCCUUAACAGUCCAGAUUCUCCAGACACUGACCUGUCAAUACUGCCUGCACAUUCAGACAAUAUACUUCUUUCUGAUGUGUUGACAUCUAGUACCAUAGAAUCUGAUUCUAAUUCCUUAAUUUUUGCACCAUCUAAUAACACAAGCCCAUUUUCUUUUGAUGGUGAAGCUUCAAAUUACAGCUCUUCAAAUUCCACUGUGCCUGAGGUUGCUACCAGCCUACAUUCUUUUCCAUUGAGUUCAACCCCUAACCCAGACUCUAGUCCAUCAUUAACAGAUCAGUCUUUUAUGAGUCCACCCUCAACUGAAACUUCUUAUUCUGCCUCUGAUAUUUUUUCUUCUGGUCCUUCGUCAUGUGAAAACUCAGUGUUUUUACAAAGUUCUGUAAGUUCAGACUCAUCAGGCAUUUCCUUGCACUUGAAUGAUCAUUUCCCUUUUGAUUCAUGCGAUCACUUUUCUCCACCCUGUAGCUCUCAAAAUUCUGUAGGCUCUUUUGAUUUCAAGGAAUCACUAGUUGGUCAUUCUGACAGUGAUGAACUGUUCGACACUAGUCUAUGGGAAGAAGAUGGUUCCAAUAUGUUAGAAAAAUUUCUGCAAGACCUUAAGUAACUUUCUUUGGAAGAUAAUUCUAGUUAUUAAUUUAGACAUAAAAAGCUUUCACAAGAAACUUUUAAAUGUUUCACCAUUCAUUUUGACUUUAAAAUAAAAUUAAAAUGUUUGUGCAAUGUCUGUAAGAAAGGGGCUGGUUUUAACUGUAAAAGCAGGUUUGCAAAGAAAGGUUUUUGUUUAUACAUAUAUAAUUUCAAUGUACUCUUCCUAAUUGUUUGACUGUGUUAAAUACAUUAUUAGAAGCUUUGUAUAUUUGUAUAUCAAAUUGAUGUUUAUGUAUUACGUACACCAUAGUGUUUACAUUUGAAUACGUUUUUAAUAAAGAGCUUGAGAACAAAUAUUUAUAUCACUUACAAAUAAUCAGUUACUACUAGUGAAGAGAUUAAAGUUUAAAGUCUUCGAAAAUUAAAAGAUUUAUUAUUGAAGAGUUCACCCAUUUAACUAUUAGUGUUAAAUGACCUUUACAAGAAUAUUAAACCACAAUGAGCUGUUAGUAAAUAUUGCUGUUAGAUAUAUUUCUGGCAAGAUUUGCAUAUUUUUUUUUUUUCACAUGCAAUAAUGAAUUUCUGUUUAAAGGGUUUAAAAGCUUAUGGACCAAAAAGAUUAUAGAAAAGAAAUCACAAAGGCUACUUCACUUUUGUAUUAUCAUUUGAAAUAUUUAUCAUUUGUAUAGAUCUUUCAGUGAAAAUAAAGUAUAUUCAACAACAA